AUGGAGCAAGCCGUCGAGGUAGAGGCCCGGCUUGUCGCCGCUGCCUUCCGUGGCAACUCCGUCUACCGUGAGAUUCGUGCAAUCUUCUCCAACGUCGACGACCCCGACAUGCCUUGCGGGACCGUCCGCGCCUGGGUCAUUGGCUUGAUCUGGGCUGCCGGACUGGCUGGCCUCAACCAGUUCUUUGCGCCGCGGAACCCAACACUGACCGUCUCCGUUUACAUUACUCAGCUGUUCUCUUUCCCAAUGGGACGCUUCUGUGCCGCCAUUCUACCGACAACAGCCUUCCUAAGAGGUUCCCGUUUCGAAUUCAGCCUCAAUCCGGGACCGUUUUUCAUCAAAGAGCAUAUGCUUAUUACUAUAAUGGCCAACGCAAGUAGCGGCAGCGUUACUUAUAUUACACCGUUAUUCUUUGAUCAGUAUUUGCCCAUGUUCUUAGGGCAGAGCUGGGCAGGCACCUGGCCCUAUCAAAUCUGUGCCAUGCUAGCUCUUCAGAUCACCGGAUUUGGGCUGGCUGGCAUGAUCCGUCGGUUUCUCAUCUAUCCUCCCCAGAUGAUCUGGUUCUUCACUCUCAGCCAGGCCGCGCUCAACAACGCGCUGCACAACCAAAGCAACUCACACGUGCACGGCUGGAAAAUCUCCCGCUUCAACUUCUUCUUUGUCGUGUGUGGGCUCAUGUUCCUGUAUUACUGGCUGCCGGGCACCAUCAUGCCCAUCUUGACCUUUUUCAACUGGACAACGUGGAUCGCACCCACCAGCGCAACGCUGUCCAUUCUGACGGGCAGCUACUACUUCAAUCUGGGGCUCAAUCCGCUGCUCACCACGUUUGACUGGAACUGGUUCAGCGGCGUUGUCGACCCUAUCAUUUACCCCUUCUUCGUCGUCGUCCAGAUUGUCGGCUCGGCUCUGGUUUGGGCUGUGUUGGUUGUCAUCCCCGUCUUCUUCACAAAUACGUGGUACACAGCCUACUUGCCCAUCAACUCGUGGUACGCAUACGACAACACUGGCAACCAGUACAACUUCUCGCGGGUCGUAGGCCCCGGUAGCACCUUGAACGAGACCGCGUACCGGGAAUACUCGCCGCUCUUCUUGCCCGCAACCUUUGUCCUGCGAUAUGCUGUCUUGUUAGCUGUUAUCCCGGCUGUCUGUACUUUUACCUGGCUCUGGUACGGAAAGGCUUUUGGGCAAGUCAUCAAGCAAGCCAUCCGACGCAUAUCAGUCCAUCACGCCUCUAAUGACGUCCAUUCUCGGUUUAUGUCGCGGUAUCACGAGGUCCCCGAGACAUGGUACCUGGCUGUGGGUGCCAUUGGGGCAGCGUUUGGCUUUGCAACAGUAUACGGCUGGCCUACUGGAGCGCCUGGUUGGACCGUUCCUGUCACCAUCAUCUUGUCCAUUUUCUUCCUCAUCCCUAUUGGCGUCGUUUAUGCCAUUAGUGGCUACCAAUCGUCCCUAGAGCUUCUCUUUGACAUUGACAUGAAAUUGGCUCACUAUGUCAAGAUUCCCCCGCGCCAAAUGUUCGCCUCGCAGAUCAUCUCGAGCCUGGUGUCAACCUUUGUGGUCUUAGCUGUUGUCAACUUCCAGUUCAGCGUCAAGGGCAUGUGUAACCCUCAAGUCAAUGUGCACUGGGUCUGCGGUACGGCCCAGACAGGAUUCUCAUCGUCUCUGACCUGGGGCCUGCUUGGUCCAAGCAGGAUGUUCACGCACGUCGACGCGCUAUACUGGAAGAUCAUGCUCGGGCUCCUGGCCGGCCUCUUAUGGCCCGUCUUGUGGUAUCUUGGUAAGCGAGCUUGGCCCAACAGCAUUCUGCGCUAUGCCCAUCCCAUUGUCAUGAUGCUGGGUGGUGUGGUAUGGGCACCGUCGAACCUGUCCAUGUUUUGGGGCACGCUUUUCUUCUCAUACAUCUUUGGCGUUUUUAUCAAGGACCGCUGGCCCGGUUGGUGGGCAAAGUACGCCUUGGUGCUGUCGAGCGCGUUGACGGCGGGCAUUGUCUUGUCAGCAUUGGUGCAGUUCUUUGCCAUUUCCAACGCCGGGGUUUCGUUUCCGGCUUGGUGGGGUACUAAAUACCACACCACGACUUGCGAUUUUCAUGACUGCAGGUACAUGAAACUUGCUAAGAGAGAGACUUUUGGUCCAGACAAGUGGGACUAA